AUGAAAGAGAAGGAAGCCAGUGGAGAUUGGGCCGAAGAUCCAAACCUCCGAGGCUCCAAGAUCUUCUACCUUUCCAAGACAGAGAGGAACUGGGGGAGUUCCGACAUCGAUCGCCAGAUCGUGGGCGCCCGCACGAAUGUUCAUCGAGAUGAUUUGCCUGCUCUGAAAGAUCUUAUGCGGCCCGAACCGAGUGCUCUGAAACGACGGCUUGGACAGCCGUCAUCGUCCUCGGCUCCCUCGCCUUCGCCUUCGGUGCCAUCAACGCCUGCGACGGCCGAUCCGAAGGGUGUGCCAUCGGGAGAGAAGGAUACCCGAGAUCCGCCAGCACCCAAGAAGCCGAAGAAGAAGACGCUGGAAAACAUGACUGUGCUCGACAAGGGCGAGGACCUGGCGAAGAAAGCCCUGGCUGGGUCUACGUUGGCUGCCAAGCUGAAGACGGAGAUGGAAGCGAAUCCCUACGGCAAGGACUUGCUGAAAGAUCUGGCCAACGCCGAGAGCAACUUCAAGAAAUUGUACAACGAUGUGAAGGCAUUGUUGAGAGCCAAAGUGGAGGUGGAGGAGCAGUACCUCCCUUUCGGGAAGCAGUAC